AAGCCUAAGUUUUUCUCUAUCCUAUAUAUAUAUAACCUCUAAGCCUGGACCCUUUAUGCUUAUUAAUUUUGUCUACGCUGAUGAAUUUGAGAUCAAAGGUUUUAUCUUCUUGUGAAUACUUGAAGAUAAGAACAAGAACAAGAAGGGCUAUGAGAGCUGGGCGCAAGUUUAACAGGCAUCAGAUUUAUGGGUUUUGUUUUGACAACUGGAGUGACACUCUUCGUCGAAUGGAAUGGAAGAAACCAUAUUGUUCGCCUGCGCUGAUGUACUGUUGUAGACCACCGGCAGAAAAUAAUUGGAAGAUUCCAAAACGGCUUAUUCCUUGUAAGGAGCCUUGUAAUUUCUGUGAGUGUGCUGGACUACAGCGAAAUAGAUCCAAGGAGCCAAAAAAAGGUAUUGAGGCUACGUUUGCUACAACAGUGAAUAAAGGAAAAUGGAUUCUUUCUAAUCCCCAUUUUGGGUGGCGAUGGUGGCAGUCAGUACAAUGAGGAGGGUGUAAGUUGUGGGAAUAAUCCAUUUGUAACCAUUUAUAUUAAAACAUAGAUUAGUUUUCUGUCAUCUUAUUUUGUUUAUGUUGUAUGUUUUACUUUCAAAAAAAAAAGAGUAACGAAUAAUAUGUUGUAACGAAUCACUACAAGAAA